AGGACGUGUUCGAAAAGAGUCUCGAUACACCAUUUCCGUACUCUUGCACUAUAUUCAAUAUUCAUCCUGGAUAUAAGUGCAGUCACCAGUGAAGCCACCGCCAUGACAUCCGUUAUUGCCAAAGAGAUUGCCCUAAUCACCGGCGCGAAUUCUGGAAUUGGCUUCGAGAUAGCACAUCAACUUCUCCAAAAAGGCACCUAUCACGUCCUCCUGGGUUCCCGCAACAUCAGCAGAGGUUCUACGGCCCUGCAAGAUCUGCAAGCACGUAACCUCCCCGGCAGCGCCGAGCUGAUGCACCUCGAUGUGCAAAGCGACGACCAUAUAAAUCAAGCCGCUGCACAUAUUCGAGAAAAGCAUGGCAAACUCGACAUUCUCUUCAAUAACGCCGCCGUCGCGCUUCCAGAAGGGGCAACAGAGCGCGAAAGGAUGGCUGCAGCCUUCGACAUCAAUGCCACUGGUCCGUGGCUCCUCGCAAAAGCACUCAUACCCCUUCUCAAGAGAAGCGAGAACCCCAGGAUCAUCAACAUAUCCUCUGGUGCUGGAAGUAUUGGUCGGCGACUCUUCCCAGAAAGCCCAAUGUACAAGAUCCAAGGCAUUCCGUAUCGUGCAAGCAAGGUGGCUUUCAACAUGCUGACCGCAUGCCUGUACGUUGAGUUUGGACUCGGCGUGAAGCAGACCGAUGCGACAGAGCCGGAGUCGGGCAAGGAUGACGCUGGGGCUAUAGGGGGAACAGACAAGAAGAUCAAGGUCUUUUGCUAUGACCCUGGGUUCACAGUAUCUAACCUCGGACCGUACAACAAGCAAGAGUUUGGUGCGCGAAGUGCUGAGAAGACGGUUGAUAGUGUCGUGGAACUUGUGGAAGGAAAGAGGGACGCAGAGGUGGGCAAAUUUAUACAUAAUUCUGGUGGGUAUCCGUGGUAGCCUGAGGUUCCUUCUACGAAGGGAAUAUUCGUGCUGGUAGAUGGUAUUAAGUUAGAGUUUGCAUAUUGAGAAUCCUGGGGAUGAUUGGCGGGGUGAAGGAACAGGCCCCACACUUUUAGGCACCCAACGCCUAUACAGCCUUACUGUGUAACACGUUUACCUAC